AUGAAUAAUUCUAUAUCAACCUAGGCUAACUCUUCAACCUAAAUUAGUAGAGUCACUUUAUAUUAAUAUGGUUAAAAUCCGAUAGAGAUCAGUUUAUCAUAAGCCAGGUCACUUGAUAGUCUAUUUAAGUUAAUUAAUAGAAAGUUGUCUUUUAAGAAAAUUAGAGUUUUUGAUCAAAGAUUUUAAGAAUUAUUUUAGGAAGAUCUUAAAUACUUGAAGAAUGAAUCGAAAAUCUAUAUAACAACAAAUGGUAAGAAUUUGGAUAGUCGAUUUGUCCUGUUUGAGUAUAAUCCAAUAUAAAUCCUAUGUAAAGGUGGUUAAGCAACAGUAAUGUUGAUAUCUCAUAAAAUUACAUGUGAAGAGAGAGCACUUAAAUUUAUAAGUGAAGGUUAAGAGAAUCAAUAUUUAUAUAUUGCUAGAGAGGCUGUGAUAUUAGAAUAAUUAAAACAUCGUAAUAUAGUCAGACUACAUAAAUAUAAAUUGUUUCCAGAAAAAUCAGAGGCAAUACUUGAAUUAGAAUAUUUAAAAGGUGGAUCUUUAUUAGAUUAUGUGUUAAGUAGAAUUUGUUCUUAAUCUUAGAUCAUGGUGCAUUAGAUGAACCAACUGCUCGUAUUUUAUUUAAUCAAAUAUUAGAUGGGAUAUCUUAUUGUCACAAAAAUAAUGUUAUUCAUAGAGAUUUAAAAUUAGAUAACAUUCUUCUUUGUGAUGCUAUAGAUUUACGAGUAUUUAAUAUAAAUAAAUUAUAGAUUAAAAUUAUCGACUUUGGUUUGGCUUAUUUAUCUGGAACAGGUAUUCCUUUUAAUGAACCAUUAAAUGUUGGAACAGUUCUUUAUGCUUCUCCUGAAAUUGUUUUUGGUAAAUUGAAGACUGUUAAUUUUUCAGUUGACAUAUGGGCAUUAGGGGUCAUUCUAUAUUAUUUAAUUUUUGCUUAAUAUCCUUUUAAAGGUGACAACAAUACAGAAAUAUUAGAGAAUAUAAGUUAAAUCAAUUAUAAUAUUCCAAAAUAAGUGAGUGUUGAACUAAUCAAUUUAAUUAAUGACUUAUUCAAUCCUGAUCAUGAAUAGAGGUUGUCAUUGAAAUAAAUCAAAUAACACAAAUGGGUUAGAGGAUAAAUAUAAACCAAUCAUUUAUUAAGUAUUCCACUUUCUGAAUUACCCACUACUUCAAAAGGAUUAAUAACCUAAGAAAAUUCUAUCAGAAAAAAAAAAGAAGAUAUUUUAAACUAUGUAGAAAAAUAAAAUUUUAAAAAUAUGCUUUCGGAUUAGAUCUAUAAAAAAUAAACACAAAAAUCAUGUUUGAACAAUUUGCUUAAAUGA